GGAAAGGCUCCUGAUGCUUCUUUCCUGGCAGUGAUUCCACGGCAAAUCCUUCCCAUCCCAAGAUCCAGGAGAAGCAGGGCCAGGCCAGCGCCAUGUCCCACCCCAGGCUGCUGCUGCUCCUCGUCCUGCUGGGAGCCACCAGCACCAGCCGUGCCCUGAGCCUCUCCGGCGCCGCCUCCAUCCUCAGCUGCCUCAAGGCCGCGCUGUCGGAAGCGCAGAGGAUCCAUCCCCAGGAAAACGCCGUCCUGGAGAAGCGCCAGCCGCCGUCCCUGGAGGAGGCGUCCGAGGAGGAGGAGGAGGACGGGGAGGAGGAAGAGCUGGGGAAAAGGACAUUCCCAGGGGAUGGCCACUCCAAACACGCGUCCCCGGCGCAGGGGAAGGGCAAGAGCCACCAGAACCGGGCCAAGAGCGACCGGCGCACCAAGGUCACGCUGUCGCUCGACGUCCCCACCAACAUCAUGAACAUCCUCUUCAACAUCGCCAAGGCCAAGAACUUGCGGGCCAAGGCGGCGGCCAACGCGCACCUGAUGGCGCAGAUCGGCCGGAGGAAGUGACCAGGCCACCUCCAGAGGGGGCUGGUGGCCGGGAGUGGCACCAGAGCUGCCGGUUGUGACCCGCGGAGCCGCCUCAGGCCCACGUUCCUUCUCCUCCCCUC